UGCUUUCGAGACGCGCGGACGCUGCGAUGGCGGAUUUCGAGCUGCAGCUGGUGGCGCAGCGGAUCCGCAGCUUCCCGGACUUCCCCGUCCCCGGCGUGCUGUUCAGGGACAUCUCACCCGUCCUGAAGCACCCCGACUCCUUCCGCGCCUCCAUCAGCCUUCUGGCUAAUCACCUGAAAAAGGCCCACGGCGGCAGGAUCGACUACAUCGCGGGCCUAGACUCCCGUGGCUUCCUGUUUGGUCCCUCCCUGGCCCAGGAGCUGGGCUUGGGCUGCAUUCUCAUCCGGAAGCGAGGGAAGCUGCCAGGCCCCACUGUGUGUGCCUCAUACGCACUGGAAUACGGGAAGGCUGAGCUGGAGAUCCAGAGAGACGCCCUGGAGCCAGGGCAGAAGGUGGUGGUUGUGGAUGAUCUGCUCGCCACUGGCGGAACCAUGCGUGCGGCCUGUGAGCUGCUGGGCCAGCUGCAGGCCCAGGUGCUGGAGUGCGUGAGCCUGGUGGAGCUGACCUCUCUGAAGGGCAGAGAGAAGCUGGGGGCUGUGCCCUUCUUCUCUCUCCUGCAGUACGAGUGACCCGGGCCCCAGCCCCGCACCAACUGGAGAGGAUCCGCCGGCAGGGCGGGGCAGGGCUUCUGCGUCUGUGGCUGAGUGAUUUUCUCCUGAGUGGGGCUGCUGCCUGGGGGACCUGCUGGGGCUUCUGGAAGCCCCAAGGCCUGGAGCUGCAGGCUCAUUGACAGUGGAAUGAGAAUAAACGACUGCCUUUGCAGAGCGGAGUCUCCUCCCCAGUCAGUGUGGGAAGGUGCAGGGGCCCGCCCGGCAGGCUGUGCGCUUUCUGACAUUAGCACUUGGUGGUCCUCGAGCCCUGUGGGCCGCCGUAUGCACGCACAGGGGCAGCCCACCCUGGCUUCCCCUGCUGCUGUAACUCAUCACGCACACGUGUGGACUUCAAACAACUUUAU